ACCCUAGAUUAGAGAAGUAUACAUUUGACAGUAAAAAUAAAGAUUCAUCCUGGGUUUCAAAUUUUUCAAAUAAAAAAAAAUGUCUAAAGUGAACGAAGUAUCGGCUUUGUACAAGCAACUAAAAACGGAAUGGAAUACCACCAAUCCAAAUUUAAGCAAAUGCGAAAAACUUCUGUCGGACUUAAAGCUUGAACUUACAAAUUUAAUGUUUCUUCCAACAUCAAAUGCUACAGCUUCCAAACAGGAAUUACUGUUAGCUAGAGAUGUAUUAGAAAUUGGAGUACAGUGGAGCAUUGCAGCAAAUAAUAUUCCAUCAUUUGAGAGAUACAUCGCCCAGUUAAAAUGUUACUAUUUUGACUACAAAAAUCAGUUACCUGAAUCGUCGUUUAAAUAUCAAUUGCUUGGUUUGAAUUUGCUCUUUUUAUUGUCACAAAACCGAGUUGCAGAAUUUCACACAGAAUUGGAACUUCUACCAGCUGACCAUAUACAGAAUGAUGUAUACAUUAGACAUCCGUUAUCCAUUGAGCAAUAUUUAAUGGAAGGAAGUUACAAUAAGAUUUUCUUAGCCAAGGGUAAUGUACCAGCUAAAAGUUACAAUUUCUUUAUGGAUAUUUUGUUAGAUACUAUAAGAGGAGAAAUAGCCGUGUGCUUAGAGAAAGCUUAUGAAAAGAUUUCACUUAAAGAUGUCGCUAGGAUGUUAUAUCUACCUAGUGAAGAGGCUGCCAAAUCAUUUGCAACAAAGAACAAGAAGUGGAAAUUGGGCAAGGACAACUUUUUUCACUUUACUCCGGAAAUUAAGAAGACCCAUGAACCAAUUCCGUCAAAUGAACUAGCUGUGCAAGCUAUUGAAUAUGCUAAGGAGUUGGAAAUGAUUGUGUAAAUUUUCCUUAUGUUUUAAUAUUUCUUUUUUCAUAAAUUUAAUAAACAUCCUUUUUUACAUUUU